AUGUCCAAUGACCCAAGACAUACUUGGCAUUUCUUGAUAUUGAUACGUGUAUUUCGUCCGUCCAAAGGAAAUUUCUGUAACACUUAUUCUAACUUUGUCACCGAUAUUAGACUUCCAGGA